AUGUGGACCCAGGCCAGCGCUCCUCUGCUGCUGCUGCUGCUCGCCUGCUGCCUCCGGCCGGCCGAGGCCCAGGGCGACGGCAGGAGGCAGAGCAUCUGGGACGAGCCCAUCAAAUUCAAGACCAAGGCUCAGGACUCCUGCACCAUGACCAUCACCGGUCACGGGGAUUACACCCGGCUGAGGCUGUCGUGCCGGAGCAGCGAGGGCUCCUACUGGUGCGAGUACGUGGGCAAGCCUUACAACUGCCGCACCUACAACAAAAACCCCCGACACUACUUUGUCCAGAUGAUGUGGGGCUUCAGAAAACUCCAGAACGCCUGCCAGGCGCCGAAGACCAUCAGACCUCAGAUGUGCAGGAGGGCGUCCGACGACUCUCAGAUGAUCUUUUCGUCCGCUUCGUCGUCCCACUUGUGGCAAGACCCUUCAUCAAGGCCCAAACCGGGAGCAGAGCCUGCAAGACCUGAACCUCGACCUGCACCGACCAGGCAGGAGUCAGGGAGGAGAGCCUCCUCGAAAUCCAAGACCUUGGGGAGAACCACUCCGCCACCACUGACACCUCCUGUGGAGAGCAACGCCAAGAGGGUGGCUCGCCGCUACUGCUGGAGGUCACUUCACGGCGUCUGCUCCUUCGUCAUUGGGUUCUUUCGAAAUUAA